CGUGGGAGAGAGACGGGGUCCUUUUAAUUUUGAGCCCAAAAACCUAUAUCCCCGCAGAGAAGAAGAAGAAGAUUUGUAUUUCUUUUGCUUAAAACAUUCUCUCAUCUGUAUCUCCAGUCUCAAAUCCUAAACCGCCUUUUUUAAGAUCCAAAAUCACACAUUUACAUUAAACAAACCCCUCUUCUCUCUCUGUCACCACCUUAAAGAAAAGGAGCUUGACAGCACCACCACCACAUAAUCAACAACCCAAAGUAAUCCUAAAUUCCCCCUCUCUUGUGGGUUGAUUCUAUAUUCUGAGUUUGAAACCCUAAAACCCCCUUUUUUGUUUUUCGAUCUGGGAAUACAACAUGAGUGAGUUUCAAAUCUUUGAUUCUUUGCCUGCUUAAGUAGUAGUAGGUUUAGUUAGUCGAGAAGUUUCUGGAGGAGGAGGAGGUGUUUUUUGGUGAUUAUCUCAUGGCCAAGCGAGUUUAUCAAGUUUGGAAAGGAAGUAAUAAAUUUUUCUUUGGAGGGAGAUUGGUGUUUGGACCAGAUGCGAAAUCAUUGCUUGUGACUGUACUGCUUAUCCUCAUUCCUUCUGUUCUCUUUUGCACACUUGUUGUCAGACAUAUUCGGCAUGAGUUUAAUAAUGCGGGAUAUGCGAUUCUGGUGGUAGCUAUUCUUCUUGCUAUUUAUGUAUUGGGGCUUCUGCUUGUUACCUCAGCCAGAGACCCAGGUAUUGUUCCAAGGGCUUCACAUCCACCUGAGGAAGACUUUAAUUAUGAGUCAUCUGCGUCUGUUGAUGCCAGCGGACGACAUACUCCAAGCCUACAGUUUCCCAGGACAAAAGAAGUUCAUGUAAACGGCAUGGUUGUUAGGGUCAAGUAUUGCGAUACAUGCAUGCUGUAUCGUCCUCCUCGUUGCUCUCAUUGCUCCAUAUGCAAUAAUUGUGUGGAGAAAUUCGAUCACCAUUGCCCUUGGGUAGGGCAGUGUAUUGGGAUGCGUAAUUAUCGGUACUUCUUUAUGUUUGUUUCGUCUGCAACUAUUCUUUGCAUCUACGUAUUCUCGAUAUCUGCAUUGUACAUAAAGAUUCUCAUGAAUAGAGACCAAGGAACUGUUUGGAGGGCAAUGAAGGAAUCUCCUGCAUCAGUGGUACUGAUGGCGUAUUGUUUUAUAUCUCUCUGGUUUGUUGGUGGUCUCACCGGCUUCCAUUUAUACCUUAUUGGCACAAACCAGACAACGUACGAGAAUUUCCGAUACAGAGCUGACAGCAGGCUAAAUGUCUAUAACCGGGGUUGUGUUAAUAACUUCAUUGAAGUAUUCUGCACGGCGAUAAAGCCAUCAAAGAACAAAUUCCGUUCAUUUGUUCAACAAGAGGUGCAAAGGCAGCCUACAACUCGUACACGUGAACCAGAAGCAGCAGAUGAAGCUGGUGUUGGACCACGUUCAAAGAUAGAAGACGAUCUAGAACUAGGUGGUGAUCUUUUGAAAAUUUCCCAGAGACGAAACGUUGAUGCAAACAAUGAUGAUUUUGAUAUACGCAGCAGAGGGAGCAAUGUAGGUCGCCGUGAUUCAUCAGAUACUGCUGAUUUGUCCUUGGAUCAGCAAAAUCCUAGUGUUCAGUCAGAUGCACGGCAUUCUAGUUGGGGAAGAGGGAGCAAUGUAGGUCGCCGUGAUUCAUCAGAUACUGCUGAUUUGUCCUUGGAUCAGCAAAAUCCUAGUGUUCAGUCAGAUGCACGGCAUUCUAGUUGGGGAAGAAGAAGCGGAAGCUGGGAGAUAGCUCCAGAUGUUGCUGCAAUGACUGCAGCAGCUGCACAAAACAGAAGCAAUAAUAACCAGUAAACUUGUCCAGUAUUGACUGUUUUGUGCAUGUCUGCACAACUGCACUCUUUUACACCAACAAGCUCCCCCGAAGUUGUUGAAAUAUUCCAUUUUAUGUGGGAGUUACAAAAUCAAUUGUUCUUGGGUGUCAGUGGUUUGUCAUUCAAGUUGUUCAAACACCCUUUUUUUGGGGUGUAUUUGAUCUCUGCAACCAAAAAGGAAGAUGGAGUGGUUUGUAAUGUUCUUUUAGUUGUGUAAGAUAGGAAUGAUGGUGGGUGAUAUCUUCUUCCUUCUCUGCGUACUACUUGUCAAUGGUCAUAUUUAUGAUGUGUUCUUGAAUGCAGUCGGUCAGGGUCUGUAAGAGUAGUGGGUAUAGGCUUUGAUUCUUUUGUGUAAAUUAUCACAACACUCAUUGCUAAAUUUGUGCACUUUCUUAUA